CGUAACGUUGAGUACUUUCAAAGUAACUUGCAGGUCAUCAGUCCAGAUCACGACGUUAGAUAUGCGAUAUCGAUGUUACCAUUUGCUGCUGUUCAUCGGAUUUCUUCUGCUGGCACGUUCUACAGCUGAGAACUCUGGGGCUCAAGCAACUUGCACUGAUGUUGGAAGUUGUACAGACAAUGAGGCAGUGAAGCCUCCUUACAUGCCUGUAUGUGAUGAUGCUAAACACAUCAGUGGCACAUUUUGUGACGAAUCUCUUGCACCCGAAGUUCGUGCUAGUAAAGCCGUCGCUGCCUUGUCUACUGAUGACAAACAUCUCCAGCUGAUAGGGAACACCACCGCAGUGCCAGCUGUAGCUCUUGAGAUUCUCUAUCGAGGUCAUGCUGAACAUGGAGUUGCCGCUAGAGAAUACACAGUUUUUCCUGUGCCUCCUGCUAUUGCAGCUUCAUUCAAUUCUGAUCUCUUUUUGAAAGUAGCGAGUGUCAUAUCUACUGAAGGUCGAGCCUUGUACAACUCAAAACAUUUCCAGGACACGGCAAUCUUUGAGGACAAGGACUCUGUCUAUCGACACGGUCGAGGAGGAAUGUCCUGGUUUGACCCAUUUGUCAAUAUUUUUAUUGAUCCACGAUGGGGGCGAGGUCAGGAAGCACCAGGUGAGGAUCCCUUUCUAGCAUCCGAGUAUGCUAGGAAAUUUGUACUUGAAAUCAAUUGCUACAUGUAA